CUGUUGGAAUCCGAUUCUCUCUCCUCAUCUCAGUUACUUGUUACGCGAAGUCUAUGGCGAAGAUUCCUACAACACCCCAAGACUGGGACACAGGCACAAAUCAAAAAGACAAGGAAGAAGAAGAAGAACAAAAAUUCUCCAAGAUGACGCAAGGUCAUGAAAUGGAAGAUGGUGAUUCUACUGGGAGGAAAUGGGAAGACCUGGACAUCGAUAUUCUGGUGAAGAUAUUCCAAUCUUUCGAUGUUUUUGAGUUGACCUCUGGCCUCGCUCAAGUUUGUAGUACAUGGCGUUUGGCUUGUUGCGACCCUCUGCUGUGGAAAAAUCUUGACUUAUCGAUGAUGAAAUCUAACUUCAUAAAAAUCCCAUUGGAGCCAUUUGUCUAUGUGGAUAACCGGUCUGACAAAACACUGACACGAGUGUUAAAGAUUGCUUUGAAUCUUAGCCGUGGAAGCAUAUUAACCUUGAUUUUCCAUUUCAAUCUGUACGUCAGCGAUGAACAGUUUACUUACACCGCUGAAAGGUGCCCACGGCUCAGAAGAUUAGUCAUGCCUGCUUGGAAUCGAAUAAAAAGGGCUGGAAUGUGCAGAGCUAUUAGCUUGUGGGAAGAUCUCGAGUCUCUGACGAUGCCUAGCAUAGGAAAUCCUUCAUACCUCAUGGAUGAAAUUGCUAAGAACUGCAAGAACUUUUCUGAACUCAAGAUCAUGGGUCCUUGUGAUAUUCUGUGUGCAACUACAUUAGUCACACAUCUUCCUAACCUGAAAGUUUUAAGCCUUCGGUGUUCGAUGCUCUUGAAGGAUGCUUUGAUAAUUAUCUUGGAGGGCUUACGGCAGUUACAAGUGCUCAACAUAUCUCAUUGCCUCGUUGUUGAGGUCCCUCCACCUCCUGCACCUAGAAAAGCUUUGAAGCAGCUUGAUAAGUCAAUUCUUGAUAGGGCUUCUCAUUUACGCGAAUUUUUAACAUGCAUAAAUGCUUCAUGCAUUAUGUGCCAACGGACAAGAAGCGAUGAGGGGCUCUUAAGAUGGUAUCGGUAUGAAGAAGGGCUUUGGAAAGUAGACGAGGUUAGAUCUCUUGUAAUCUGACUGGAGCAUUCUGAGGUAGUAUUUCUGUAGUUUAGGUUACCUUUAUUCUUCUUUGGUAAUUAUAAUCAGACUAAAACUAAAUUUGAAUGAAUGUAACAGUUGUUCUCUUUUAGUUUUUGUUGCAUAAAACAUAUCUUCCCUUAGAAUGGCUGAGCUGAGGUUUGGGGGGAGGUGUUUCAAUAGAUUAGCUGCUUCCUUUCGGGAGAUUUGUUUAGUUUGUACAAUUUUCGACUCUUUGUAGUUGUACAUAUAUGAAAUAAAUGGUUCUGGU